AUGUUUUUCUUGAUCACGUUGUUGGCGUUCGCUGCAGUCGGCGCCGUUGCAGAUACAUGCAACCCAUUGAACACGAGAUGUCCCCCCAACUUAGGAUUGACAAACAAUACUUAUACAAUCGACUUUACGCAGCAAACAACGACUCCACCCGAUUGGACGCUCUCCAAUUAUGCCAAUAUCAACUUUAGUUCCAAAGGAGCCGAAUUUACCGUAGCUAAGCGAUUUGACUCUCCUCAACUAUGGACUAAUUGGUACAUUCACUAUGGGAGAGUCGAGGUUGUAGCACAAGUUGCUCCAGGAACAGGCAUUGUCUCCUCUGCCGUGCUCAUGUCUGACGAUCUGGAUGAGAUUGACUUGGAGUUCAGCGGAAACAACUUUGGGGAUACUGUCUCGAAAGGACAGAACAAUUAUUAUGGAAAGGGUAUUACUGGAGACUACGACAGAGCGAGUUUCUUCAAUGUUGCAUCACCUCAGACGCAGUUCCAUACUUAUACCGUUGAUUGGACUUCCACAUCCCUGACCUGGUCUGUUGAUGGCACAAUUGUUAGAACCCUUUACGCUGCCAAUGCUGACAGCGGCUCUCAUCAAUACCCUCAAACACCAGCAAAAUUUCAGUUGGGAAUUUGGGCAGGAGGAGAUUAUGGAAACGCCUGGGGGACGGUUAGCUGGGCCGGCGGCUAUACGAACUACACACAAGCUCCUUUCACCAUGUACGUAAAGAGCGUCCAGAUCACUAACUACAAUCCUGCCUACGCCUACAAUUACACGGACAAUUCUGGGAGAUCUGGAAGCAUAGAA